AUGGAAGUAUGUUACCAGCUGCCGGUGCUGCCCCUGGACAGGCCGGUCCCCCAGCACGUCCUCAGCCGCCGAGGAGCCAUCAGCUUCAGCUCCAGCUCGGCGCUCUUCGGCUGUCCCAACCCCCGGCAGCUCUCACAGAGGCGGGGAGCUAUCUCCUAUGACAGUUCUGAUCAAACUGCAUUGUACAUUCGUAUGCUGGGAGAUGUACGUGUAAGAAGUCGAGCAGGAUUUGAAUCAGAAAGAAGAGGCUCUCAUCCAUAUGUUGAUUUUCGUAUUUUCCACUCUCAAUCGGAGUUUGAAGUCUCUGUCUCUGCAAGGAAUAUCAGGAGGUUACUAAGUUUCCAGCGAUACCUUAGAUCUUCACGGUUUUUUCGUGGUACUACAGUUUCAAAUUCUCUAAACAUUUUAGAUGAUGAUUACAAUGGACAAGCCAAGUGUAUGCUGGAAAAAGUUGGAAAUUGGAAUUUUGAUAUCUUUCUAUUUGAUAGACUAACAAAUGGAAAUAGUGUAGUAAAUUUAACCUUUCAUUUGUUUAAUCUUCAUGGAUUAAUUGAGUACUUCCAUUUAGAUACGAUGAAACUUCGUAGAUUUUUAGUUAUGAUUCAAGAAGAUUAUCAUAGUCAAAACCCUUACCACAAUGCAGUCCACGCUGCAGAUGUUACUCAGGCCAUGCACUGUUACUUAAAAGAACCCAAGCUUGCCAAUUCCGUAACUCCUUGGGAUAUCUUGCUGAGCUUAAUUGCAGCAGCCACUCAUGAUUUGGAUCACCCAGGUGUUAACCAACCUUUCCUUAUCAAGACUAACCAUUACUUGGCAACUUUAUACAAGAAUACCUCAGUUCUGGAAAAUCACCACUGGAGAUCCGCAGUGGGGCUCCUGAGAGAAUCUGGCUUGUUCUCCCAUAUGCCACUAGAAAAGAGGCAGCAGAUGGAGACUCAGAUAGGUGCUUUGAUACUCGCCACAGACAUCAGUCGUCAAAAUGAAUAUUUGUCAUUGUUUAGAUCUCUUCUGGAUAGUGGGGACUUGUGCCUGGAAGAUGCACGUCACCGGCAUUUAGUUUUACAGAUGGCUUUGAAGUGUGCUGAUAUUUGUAACCCAUGUCGGACCUGGGAACUAAGCAAGCAGUGGAGUGAAAAAGUAACAGAAGAAUUCUUCCACCAAGGAGAUGUAGAAAAAAAGCAUAAUAUGAGCGUGAGUCCGUUUUGUGAUCGUCAGUCCGAAUCUAUUGCUGACAUUCAGAUUGGUUUUAUGACUUACCUAGUGGAGCCAUUGUUUACAGAAUGGGCUCGGUUUUCAAACACCAGGCUUUCGCAGACGAUGCUUGGCCACUUGGCGCUGAAUAAAGCCAGUUGGAAGGGAGUGCAGAGAGCGCAGUCCAGCAGCGAGGACACUGAUGCUGCUUUUGAAGAGUUGAACACAUAGUUAUUACCUCAGGAAAACCAGUCGUCUUGA